AUGGCACUCUUCAGGAUGCUGGCAUCGUUUGCUUCAGUCGUGUUUUUCGUGUCCACUGUUCAGGCUACUACAGCACACGCUCCGAGGGGCAAAGCUAACACUUGUGUUAUCGAGGCCAAUGGCAACGGAUCCGACGAUGCUCCAGCCAUUCGUGCCGCAUUCUCCAAAUGCAAGCGGGAUGGCCAUAUCAUCUUCGAAGACAAGAAGUAUUAUGUCAAUAGCCCGCUAAACACGACAGAUUUGUCCAACGUUGAUAUCGACCUUCACGGAUACCUCCUUUGGAGCAAUGAUACAAGUUACUGGCUCAAGAAUUCGAUGCCCAUUGGCUACCAAAACCAAUCGACGGUGUGGUUUCUCGGUGGUCAUAAUUUGCAUGUCAAUGGCUUCGGCACGGGGACUUUCGAUGGAAACGGACAGGCCUGGUACGAUAUUGUGAAAGGCGUGUCUAAUUACCCUGACAGGCCAAUGGGCUUGACCAUUCAGGGAGCCGUUGACUCUUCCUUCGUCGGGCUCAACUUUGUCCAGAGUCAGAUGUGGACCAUGACCAUUAUGCAUUCCGACAAUGUCCUGAUGGAGGACAUAUACGUGAACUCGACCAGCCAUAACGGGAACCCAGCCAGGAAUACAGACGGCGCCGACACAAUGUUCUCAAACAACAUCGUCAUGCGCCGGUGGCGGGUCGACAACGGUGACGACGCUAUCAGCCUCAAGGCCAAUUCGACAAACAUUGUUGUCGAGGACAGUAUCUUCAUGACCGGGCAGGGUUUCGCCCUCGGCAGUAUUGGGCAGUACGUUGGCAAAUUCGAGACGAUCGAGAAUGUGACGGUGAGGAACAUCACAACGAUCGGGACCAAAUACGCGGCGUACGUCAAGACAUGGACCGGGAACCAGGUUGACUAUCCUCCCAACGGCGGCGGAGGUGGAUUAGGCUUCAUCCGCAACGUCUCGAUCCAGGACUUGAAGCUGAAGGGAGUCCGAGAUGUCGCGGUUAACAUAGGGCAGUGCACUUCGUUCUCAGGGGCGAAGGGUGAUUGCAACAGUUCUUUGUUCCACGUCGGCGAUAUCAAAUUUACCAACUUCACCGGUGACAUUGCUGGCAAAUACAUAGGUAGCAUGCAGUGCAGCUCCGCAGCUGGAGGAUGUAGCGGCAUCGAAUUCGGUGAUAUAGACCUGAUCAAGACCGCAACAAGCACAGUUGUGGAUGACUACAAGUGUAGCAACGUGCAAGGACCGAUCGGCUUCGAGUGUUAG